CCAAUUCAAUGUUGUAUACGACCCUGGUAGUGACAAUGGACACUAGUUCAAAUUGUCAGCCGAGGGAGCAGAGAGCCGAGGCCCGACCUAGUCCGGCUUCGUCUGCACUGCAGAGAGCAUCCAAGAGCCAACACACACACAGAAAGAAAAAAAAGAAAAUAAUAAAAAAACAAAACACUGUUUCACACACUCUAAAAGAUAAAAGUUUCAGCUGGUUCCCUUCCUUAGUGUCUUCCCGUUUUCGUCAAAGCAGAAUGAGAUCCCAAAGCAGAAAACAAAAUGUUCAUGAAAGUGUCAACAGUAAAAGUGAUGUUGCUAUUGUCGCAUCAGAAGAUUCGGAGUCCAUCAAACUGUCACAGAAAAAAAGUCAUAAUAUAAUCAACCUUGCCGAAGGACUGCCAAUGCAGAUUACUAAGGAACAGUUAAAAGCUAUCCUCUCCCAGCCAGCCAGCAAUGUUGCCGACAAAGUUGUGCUGCUUGAUGCUAGAGACAGGCUUGUUCGUUUAACGAGAGAUAUAAAAGGCAAAACUGGUAAUACAAAAAAAGCUAUCACCCUCAGAGGUACUUGUCUAGAUAUGUGCCCAGAAAAGGAAAGAUAUUCUAGAGCAGAAAAACAUAGACUUGCAUUGUUUGAAAUGCUUGUUUCUGAUGAAAAGGAUUAUGAAGUUGAUCACAGACUGGCUGUAAAAGAAUAUUCCAGGAGUUCUGCUGACCAGGCUGAACCAUUGGCACAUGAACUUAGACCACUUCCUGUCUUACAAAUGACAAUGGAUUAUCUUAUUGCUAGAAUUGUUAAUCGUUGUGAUAAACCUGGUGAAAACUUGGCUGAAUGGUUUAAUUUUUUGUGGGACCGAAUGCGAGGAAUAAGAAAGGAUAUAACUCAACAAAGCUUGUGUGAACCAGGAUCUGUGGAUUUGGUUGAAAAAUGUGCCCGUUUUCAUAUCCAUUGUACAGCUCGAUUAUGUGAGUUGGAUAUGCAAGAUUUUGACCAGAAAAUCAACGACGAAAAUCUUACGAAAUGCUUACAGACUCUGAAGCAUAUGUACUACGACCUGUCUGUGAAAAAUAUCUUCUGUGCGAACGAAGCGGAAUUUAGAAGUUAUGACGUCCUCUUACAUUUGAACGACGGUGAAAUUCUCAGAGAAGUACUGCAGUUACGUGCUGAAGUUCGCGAUUCGCAUGAAGUGCGAUCUGCUCUUGAGUUUGUCAAUACUUUGAACAGCCGAAAUUACGUUCGCUUCUUCAAAUUAGUCAAAUCGAAUCAAGAUUAUUUACAGUGUUGUCUACUUCAGCGCUACUUCAAUCAAAUGCGCAAUCAAGCUCUUCAGAUAAUGUUGCAAGCAUAUGGACCACCAAAAAAGGCCAAGUAAAUGAAACUGAAUAGUUUAGUAAGCCUACUGGGUUACGAAGAUGAGGAAGAAGCAGCGUCUUGGUGCGAAUGUCACGGACUGCCUCUCGACUUCGAAAAAAAUACAGUCAAGUUUGAUCGUUCGAGUUUCAUAGAACUUCCCGAAAAAUUCCCUUCCAUGCGACGCUCUUCCAUUAUCGAAAGUAAACGAACGUCUUUGGUCAGCAAAUGCAUCGCGAAAAACGAUGUGCCAGAAGAUCCCACUUUACAUCAUACACCAUGUAAUAGUUUCGAUAGCAAUGGUGUGUUGCUUCAAGAAGCAUGGUUAGCUGAAGAUCACGAAGAACUUGUUACCACCAUAGCCCCUCCAGCUGUUCCUCCGACCACUAAAUCACCUGCUUCUAUCUCCAUUUUACCGAAUUUGAUAGAAAAUAUUUCCAUUAGGAUUCACAAUGAACUGAUUAACACAACAGUAUAUGGAAUUGCCAAAGAAAUUGCUGUGCAAGUUGCCAUUCAAAACGCUAAAGUACAAACCACCCAUCGGAUUUUCAAACAGUGUUUGGAUGACUUUGUUAGCGAUUUUUGCUCGGAACUUGUCAGCGAAGUAUUAUUUGAAAUGCAAACUGCAAAAUUUCAAGAGCAACAUAAAUUAGACGUGGAACACAAAGUGCGUCACUUCUCUGUGCAGAUUUUUGGUGACAUUGUGGAAAACGUAGUCUACGAUCAAGUGAAAACCCUUUGUAUUGAAGAAAUUCAAAUGGCUGCUCGUUUACAUGAUAGCGCCAUGAAAGAAAAGCAUGCGCGUCGAGUGCUAGAUGCAUUAGUAAGUGAGUUGAUCGCAAUCGAAAGCCGGGUAGUUGCAUCCGACGUUGCCUGUGAAGCUGUUGAAACGAGGGAAAAUAUGGUAUCUCGGGUCUUAGACUUAACUAGCAAACGUAAAAUCCGUCGUUGUAUUGCAAAGUGGCGUAGAUUCACUGCCUUGCAAAUGCGCCGAAGGAAAGAAAAGCAAACGUUUCCAGCUUGCCCCUCGCGUAUGGUAUUCAGUCAACAAAUAGCUUCAUUGAAAUCUAAAGGCGAGUCGUCGGGCGUAUCCUUGAAGCGCAAAUCUCUUGUCGAGCAAAGCGUUUCUGUCAAACGUUGUAACUCUCUUUCGGAUCUUCAAUUUAACUUAAAGAAAAUAAGUUUGUCAUUGGCCGAACAGAAAUUUGAUUUACUGCCGCUGCUUGAACGAUCACCAUCAAUUUGUUUUGCCAAAGAACGGAACCGCUGCUGGAAACUUAUCAUUUUGGCUAUCAAUAAUGAUAAAGUUGGAGAGUUUUUUCGGCAUUGGUUUGGCUUCUUUAGAGCAAAACAAACUACAGACGGGUGGCUGUACACGGAAACAAGGGCAGAUCAAAAUCGUAUCACGUUCUGCGUCCGUUUCGUGACCAGUUGUCAACAAAUAUCCGAACUUUUGCAAGGAGCAAAUGCUCUUCUUGUGGUUUACGAUCCUACUUCGGAGGUUGAAAACACGUUACAUAGCCUAGCCCAGUCUGUUCAAGUUCAGUCAAAGUAUUUUCCGCUGUCUGUCGCGUCUAUCGCAUCGAAAAAUCAUUCUAAAAAAAUUUGACCGUCUUGUGUGCAUUCUGAACCCAUGCUGCCACACAACUCUAAGCUUUGAAGAACCAAGCAUCGAUAAACAUUGUAAACUUAUCGAACUUUUCUCAACUCUGGUCCAAGCGGGGCAAAUAACCGCCAUCUCGCCGUCCAGUCGCGUGUGCACAACAACCAUGUGGGAACUGGCAAACAGUUUUAUUUCCCAUAAGGUCCUGCCUACGAUCUAUCGUGAUAU